GCCCCGUAAGCUAAAGCGCGUGACUGAGUGUGUGCCUGCGUGGGAAAUCACAUAUCACCGAUCAAUGGAAGUUAACCGAGCCAAACCCGCCUCGCUGUCAGUGCGUGGACGUCUGUAGCCUGCGGACACACCGCGGAUGUUGAUUUCGCUGACCUCCAGGCUUUAUCUUCAAAGUCUUUAAGGACAACUAUUUGCGAUUCCAGCGACCUUUGACCCUUGACUCCAAAGCAGUGAUGGGACGUAAACUGGACCUGUCUGGUCUGAGCAAUGAUGAAGCUGAGCAUGUGCUUAGAGUUGUACAGAGAGACAUGCACCUCCGUAAGAAGGAAGAGGAGAGGCUCAGUGAAAUGAAGCAGGAGCUGGAGGAGGAGGGUAGUCGCUGUUUGCUUCUGUCCAAGCAGCACAAGUUCAACGAGCACUGCUGCAUCCGCUGCUGCUCUCCCUUUACCUUCCUGCUCAACCCCAAGCGCCCGUGUCUGGACUGCCACUACAACGUCUGCAAAGCCUGCCGCACCUACAGUCAGAGCGAGAGGGGCUAUAUCUGCGCCGCCUGCCAAAAGAGCAGGCUAUUGAGGACACAGUCCCUAGAAUGGUACUACAAUAAUGUGAAGAGUCGGUUUAAGAGAUUUGGCAGCGCCAAGGUGCUGAAGACCCUCUACAGGAAACACAUCAUUGAAAGAGGAGCAUUAUCUGAGUUACCAGAAGUGAGUGCUCAUGAAGGCAGUAAUGAUAAUGGCAGUGUUUGUGAUGGCAGUGACUCCACGCUCUACAGGCAGAGUGAAGGUCACAGCAUGGCAGACACGCUCACCGUUGCUCUACGUGUGGCAGAAGAGGCGAUAGAGGAAGCCAUCACUAAAGCUGAGAGCUACAGAGACAGUCUGGAGAAACAGAAUGAGGCUCGCUAUUUGCGUGACCACAAGGAAGAACUUAUAGAGGAACUUGCCACAACAAUUGUUCAAAAAAUCAUUCAGAGGGGAAAACGGUCUGAGAUUCAGGCUGAAUAUGAGUUUGUAUGGCCUCAGAGUAGUGAGCUUCCUUCCUCUACCUCGACACAAAACACACACACAACGCUGCAUUCACACUCCACCUCUCAGCACGGCGCAGUAGCACAGACCGACAGUACCAGCUCCUAUCCGCUGUGGAAGUCAAGAUCAGCAUUCUCUUUGACAAGUGAAGAUUCUCCAGAGAAGGGCCCUGAGGUGGGCAUGGCCCCAGGGGUCCCGGACAGUGCUGAAGUAGAGACAAAUUUCCAGAACUACUCUUCACUCAGGAGAGAGUCCAGAGCAUCAUCACUUCCUGGGUGGAAGAGUGUUGACCGCCUGGACAACUCUAGUGCGUCUUCAGUCCUGCAAUCCCCUGAUGGUAACUGGAUCGCCCUGCAGAGCUCCCAGCAUUCCCGGCCCAGUCUGCUGACCAAGCGCAAGAGUCUUGUUUUCAGCGUGCUGGAGAAAGAAUCAGGCGUUGUGUCUGCGUAUGACGAGAUGGGCUCUGAUUCAGAUCCAGAGGACCAGGGGGGCUGGGGGGCUGCCCUGUUACAAUUUCGCAGACAUCUCUCCGAUGAAACAUACUAUACUGACUCUCAACAUGACCCUGAAUGGACAUACACCCAACACCCACCCGUUACCUCACCUUCCUCAGGUCAGUACACCAACACUGAGACUCUGAACUCAGACUCGGAGACGUCUCCUGCCCCAUCCACUCGAGCCCGCAGACCAGCCCAUGGUAUGACGCAGAAGAAGAAAGGGCCACCUGAAGCACACCUGUAUACACCCUACAGACAUCCCACAAACAGUGCCGCUUCGCCUCUACUGAGGCCAGAGGUGCUGGAUGUGAACUUUAACCCCCAUCUGGGAGGGGACAGUAGUGACGGGGAGGAGCAGAGCGAGCAGGUCAAAAGAUCACGGAGGCGCAGAAAGAGCAAACGCGAGACAUCAGAGCACAGCCGAGCACAUAAUGCGCUGUACAGCGCUGCCACAGCGGAAAACAGCUCCAUGCUCCUAAACGCCAUGAUGAUGCGCCGGCAACAGAGCCAGGAGAGCCCAUUCCCUCUGAAUUACCAGACUUCAGACACUGUGACCCCUCCUGACCUUUUGACCUCUGAUGCCAUGACCCCUGAACCUGACUAUCAGAACACAGUGGCUCACAACUCUAGUGCUGCUAGCCCACCAAUGCAGAGCCAACCAGGGGCCAGCAAACCAGAGUUCAGUGUUCAGGGCCCUUUGCUCAGGGGCUCCUCUGUUAAUGAAAGCCUGGAACAGGAACUGAGAUCCAAACUCUGUGAGCUGGUUGGCCAAGUCAGUGAGAGGGAUGUGAUAUCAUCUGAUUUUGAACCAAUCAGUGAAGUGGGCGACAAGCAAGAGGACCACGUAAGGGAGAAAGAAAGUGAGAAACUGAGACCAAAGGAGAGACGUGAGAGCAAACGAGACAAGAGGGAAGGAAAGUCAAAGGACAUUGGGAAUCCUAGUGAAAGACAAACAGUUAGAGAGAUGGACACAAGUGAUGCAGUAAGACAGAUAAAUAUAGCGAGAGAAAUGAAGAGAGAUAGAGAACGACAAAAAGAAAUUGAAAGACAAGUAGAGAGAGAGAGAGAGAGACAAAGAGAGCUGGAGAAACAAAUUGAGAGGGACAGAGAAAGACAACGAGAGAUCGAGAUCCAGGUUGAGAUGAAACAGGAAAGACAGAGAGAAAUGGAAAUACAGCUGAAACAAGAGCAAGAGAGACAAUCAGAGAUUGAGCGAGAGAUAGAAAAGAAAAGGAAAAGCAUACGCAUGGAAAAAGAGAAAUUAGAGCCUAUAGUGAGUAUGGAAUCCAAGGAGGAAGAGAAACAGGAAUCCUCAGGUAGAAUAUUGGAGCGAAAUAAGAGUUUGAAGGAAGACUACGAUGAAACAGAGAAGCCAUAUGAGGAAAAGGUGAAGAGAAUAUCACCACAAAGAAGCCACUCAGAGACAGGGUCAGAAAAACAAGAACAACUUGAGACAAAGACAACAAGGUCUUCAACCCCAUCUCCAGACAGUGCCCCCUGUGGUCUGGAGGAGCCAAUGUCUCCAUCAGAGAAGUACUCCGCUGCAUCUUUAUGCAGCAUCACCACCGAGGUUCUGAAGGUUCUGAAUGCCACAGAAGAAUUACUUGGAGAGGCAGAAGGCAAAGGUCAUGACUCUUCUCCGGCUAGCACACCCAUGUCCCGGGAAGGCCUGGGCAACAGGAAGCUGGACCAGCAUCUCACUAAAAUGGAGGAAAAUGUGUAUUUGGCUGCAGGUGCUGUGUACAGUCUAGAGGGGGCGCUGAGUGACUUAGAAGAUUGUGCUCGCAGCAUCAGCAGCUCCACCACAGAGACUGAACUGGCCUUCCUAGAAGAUCAGGUGGCCACUGCUGCUGCCCAGGUGCAGCAGUCCGAGCUCCAGAUCUCAGAUAUUGAGGCAAGAAUAUCAGCCCUCAAAACUGCAGGUCUAAAUGUAGCUGCAUGCACACGGUUUUCCAAGUACAAAUCUAAACCGCCCCAGACGCUGGACUCGUCUCGCCAUCAGAGGAGAAAGCUGCCUGCUCCUCCUAUCAGAAGUUUGUCAUCAGAGAAGGAAGGCAAAUCCGAGCCACAGAUGAGAUCUAUGAGGCUGUGACAAGAAGCCAUGUGGCCUCAGUGAUUCUCAGAUAAGCUAUAUGGCUCAAUAUCACUCUGCAGUGAAUGCUAGGACCAUCAGGCUGUUCCACACCAGUGCCUUGAUCCAACUUCUGGUCCUCCAAUUUGAUCAGCCCUAAUGCUACUUGUCGACCCUAAACCUGAUCACAACCCAUGUAGGGUUGUGUUUGCAACCCACUUCUGACCCCUAGGACUCUACCAAACCCUGGAGCUCAUCACCUCCAGAAACCAGGGGGACCCGAUCUCUCUCUCUCUCUCUCUCUGCCUUAAUGGAGACCAAACUCCUGCAACGAACCAUCACAGAGGGUUAUAAUUGUAGAUUUAAACUCAUGUAAUUACUGUAUGUGUAAGAUAGAUGAACAGUGGUAAAUGUUAACAAUCUAGGACAUCACCUCAUUCUCUUUUUCUAAUGUUUUACUGAGUGUUGUACAUGUUUGAAUUUGUAUGCUGUAUGUCGGCAAUGUGACUGGGAUGACCAAUGUGUAUUUUUUUUUUUUUUUUUGAUUGCAAAACUGGAGCACAUUCGGUAAAAAUUUAAAAUGUAUGAAAUGUCUAUGUGAAAGUAAACACAAAAUACCUGCAGGACCUGUUGUAUUUGCAUUGUCAUGUUUCUGUUAUUCUCAUAUGUGUCGCAAAUAUCUCAGGAUUCUUUUUCCAAUGGUCAUUUUUGGAGUUUUCAUUAAUGCGCUGUACUCAAAACUGCAUAUAAAAUAACUGUGAAAUUCAUGAUUUAGUCUCUAAAAAAAAAAAAAGUCAAGUGCCAUUGAAAAGCACUCGACCACCUUGCCAUAUAAUGAGUUUGUGAAUGUGUUUGCAUGGAUCGUAACCCCCUGUGUGUUCAUACUUGUCUUCUAAUCAGCCUUAGAUAUCCGAUGACCUCUUGAAUAUGAACAUCAAAUCACUGUCAUCUCAGUAUGAAGCACUCUGGUAAUUUGGGUUGUGGCCUUUGUUGACUUCAAAUUCUUCUUUUAUUAAUUAACGUCUUUUAUUAAUCUGAAACACCCAGUUGUUUUUCUCAGAGCACUGCUUUAGUAUUACAGUCCACCUAGAUAUCCACCUGGAUGUACAUACUUAAAAUGCUAAUUUUGGACACUUAGUCUACAUCUAAAUUCUAUUUAAAACAAUCUGUAAUGUUUCUGUAAAAAAUAACGUACCACUUAUAUUUUGAAUUACACAUUGCGUUGUGUUGCAUUUUAAGGUUGAAGAUAAUGUUUGUAAACGUAAUGGAAAUGAUACUGGUCAUUUUCUACCAGGACUUUUUUUUUUUUUUUCUUAAAGAUUUUUUUCUUUAUGUUUGUUGAGCUAGUUGGCAUGGAAACAUUGCAAGUCACAUGAUCCUACAUUUGACAUUUGGGAUGAUUUUAAGAGCAACUGUGAGCUGUGAGCAUCCAUUAGAAAUCUGACAAGAAUAAUUGAGUUGUCCUCAUUUUGAGCAUUUUAUUAAGGAGGGAUUUCCACCUCUUCAUGCAGAAUUACAGCUGUAACAUCAAAUACUGCAUCAUAUUGUCUUAGCCAGUGACUAAGAUGACGUCUGUGCUGCGCAACGAUAUUUAGUUAACUUAUUAAUAUAUAUAUAUAUAUUCCACGGAAUGUCCAUUUUUGAGCCAAUAGAGAAUAAACUGGCAUGAAAUAUACAGUUGCCCCCAUACUCAUCCCAUAAUCAUCCCCUACUUUUGUCUUUUCCAUUCCACUCUAAUAUCACUCUAAUAGCUGUUCAGCUUUCACGCUCUCCAAACGGGUCCUGCUCCUUGUUGUUGUCUAUGGAAAUGUUUGUGUAUAAAAGCAUGUAUCGCGUUUCUAAUAGAUGUAAAAAGUCCCAUGAAAAGCACAGUCAAGAAAUUGAAAAUGUCUUACAGUGUCAUGUAUUUUUUCUAUUGGAAAAAAAUCGAAUGCAUAUUUACAUAUGAAUGAAGUACAAAAAGACGAGACAGAUAUGAAAUACCGUAAGCUUUUUAAGUGUAUUUUGGGUUUGUAGUGACCGCAAGGGCAUUAACCUGCCUCUUUUCAGAACGUCCUCUGUGUAUUUUAACCAUAAAGUGUCAACGGGGAGAAAAGAAAAUAUUCUGUAGCGAAAAGAAAAAAGCCAAUGAAUUCUCAUGUGCCAAAUUUGUUCUGACACAAGCAGUGUUCAAAUAAAUAUGAAUAAAGUUUGCA